CGUCAAAAACAGGGCACUCUGUGUACGCCGUGAAUCCGGAGGUGUUUAAUCAUGUUAGUGGUGCACCCUCCUUUGCAUGAUACGACGGCGCUGCAAAUGUUGCACUGAGCCGGUCGUUCAUUUUUCUUGCAGAAUUGGUGUUAUGCGGCCAUUUUUUCUGGACUCUGUGCCCGAAGUAGUUGUGCUAUAGUGGUGGCCUGCAUGGACGUAGCUCAACUUCCCAUUGUUGACGUUAUGUUUUUCUUCUCAGCAAACUAGUUGAGUGUCUCUAAUGGUUGCAGCCACGUAGUGCACUCAGUUUCGCUCUAAUCGGAUCCACACAAUUCUUGACAAACAAUUCAUCAGUCAUUAUGCCCAUUCCUAGUAUUUUGUAUAUUAGAUCCUUGUGGGACACUGCUCCCUGCCGAAAAUAUAGUCACCCCUGCUUGAUUGAUGCUUGUCAUUACCAUCAUGGUAGUUACCAGCCUUGCAGCCAGACAAAUGCACGGGAAUCCCCAGCCGGUCAUCAGACCUCAGCAGAUACCAUUCUGCGUGCUCCAGGGGGAUAAAUCCUCUUUACAUGGCUGCUGAUCAAGCCGUGAUGUAAAGGAGCUUAGUAGCGAUAGGCACCCGGGCAGGAAGCUGAUUCCCUGUCGGCCAGGGGUCAGGUGAUCGCACACAACGCCUGACAGGAGGAGGGAGGUGGAGGCGGUCGCGAAAGAGUUGGAAAAACAAACGGAGAGGCAGGCGAGGAUGGUUAAUGGUGACGCCGGGGAAUGUUGACAGUAGCAGAGGAGUGCAUGGUGGAUUUGCUGUAGUUUAAAGGUCGGGCCCGUCGUGGGUUCAGAGAAAAGAUGGUGCAGUUAUGGAUGCUUGUUGACAGCAGCGAGGUGAUUCGUUGUUUUCGGAUUAUGAGGUCACUUUCCUCCCCCCUACCCUCUCCUCCUGUCCUCCCAUCCACCGCCCGCCCGGUUGCCAUGGAGAGCUCAUCAGUGGCAUCGGCGUCGUCCGAGGCCGGAAGCACACGCUCGCAAGAGAUCGAGGAGCUGGAGCGCUUCAUCGACAGCUACGUGCUGGAGUACCAGGUGCAAGGGCUUCUGGGAGACAAGGCGGAUGGCGACUUGGACCUGGACUACGAUGGGAAGGUGCCACAGUGGACAGACGACUGCAACUACAACUACAACAAAGAUGGCAGCUGGACGUCAUCCCAGGGGAGAGAUUUUUCCAAGCCAGUAAUUGAUGAGUGGGAGCACAGCAGUAACGGCAGUACGGGUUCCAGGCCCAGUUCUGGAUCUAGACCGGGUUCUGGCUCUCGGUCUGGCAGCAGGGGGCGAAACAACCAGUUCAAAUGCUCCUCCAAGAAUGGCAACAGAGACGGCUCCUUUGAUAUUCUAGGCACAGACAUAUGGGCUGCUAACACCAUGGACUCAUGCGGUGGUACAGGUUGGGAUAUGCAGCCAGAGAAGCUGGACUUCAGCCACUUCCACAGGAAACACUUGAGGGGCGCACCUAAGCAUCUGCCACACAUAGACAGAGAGGGGAUGAGCAAAAACAAGUUUGAGGAAGAUGAUGGCAUAGACAUGAAUGACAUAGAGAGGUUCUUGCCCCAUCUGCGCUCUGUCUUCCCACCCCUUCCUAACGAGGCUGAGAUCGCGCACACCAAAAAGCUCUUCCGACGCAGGAGGAAUGACCGACGAGCGGUAGAUCACAGCGACCAGUUAACCGUACUUCUGCCCACUGGCCCCAGGGGGAAGCGGCAAGUGUACACAAGGAGACAACAGCGAGGUGGAGGGAAGAACCAGAGCCCACAACCGUCCCCGCAACAUCAGCGAGAUCAAACCCAACAACAGUCACCGAACCCAACAGAAGUAGGAGACAAUAGAAACAAUGGCGCUGGGCGGUCGCCCCGCCAGUAUCAAGGGGGACACGGGCAACGCCAAGGAGGAACCCCGCACGGAUACAGCCAGAAUCGACGUUGGCAUCCCAGUCAGAAAGGUCACGGACAGCAAAACCUGUCAAAUUCUGAUAAAGGAUUACCUCCGAGAGCAACCAAAGAGACGACAGAGAAUGUAAAAGUGGGUGACAAGCAGAUCCGACAGAUGGAGGAGCCUCGAGACUGCAAGAGCCCUGGUGACUCACCCAGAUCUGAGUCAGCGCUCGACACAAAUGCUUCUUCAGAUCUGACAGGCAAAGAAUCUCCUACUAGCCCGCAGGGGACCAGCACGUCAAGCAAGGGGCAGUCCAGGGAGCCCCAGAUCAGCUUGCUUCAGUCGUCGAAAGAGAGGCUGAGGAGGAGACUAAAGGACAAGGAGGAGGCGCUCACAGAGGCAUCCAGCUCACAUAGCAUGGACCGCCUGGUCAAGCUGCUCAACAGCAUGAGAAGCAACAGCAGUGGUGUGGAGGAGCAGUUGGCCUCCUUCAUGGAGGAGGCACAGAACUCUGCACGGUCAGAGGAGACCUUGUCUCAGGUGGUCGGCGCCAUCUACAGCAAGGCCAUCUCAGACCGGAGCUUCGCGGCCACUGCCGCGAAGCUGUGCGACAAGAUGGCACUGUUCAUGGUGGAGGGCACCAAGUUUAGGUCGCUGCUUCUCAACAUGUUACAGAGGGACUUCGCCCGCCGGGAGGAAAUUCAGCAGUCAGACGUGGAGAUGUGGUUAGGUUUCAUCACGUUCCUGUGUGAGGUGUUUGGGACCAUGAGGAGCAGUUCCGGACAGCCGUUCCGUGUUCUAGUGUGUCCCAUCUACACCUGCCUACGAGAGCUGUUGCAGACCAAAGACGUCAAGGAGGACGCGGUGCUGUGCUGCUCCAUGGAGCUACAGAGCGCCGGGCGCCUCCUGGAGGAGCAGCUCCCCGAAAUGAUGACUGAGCUCCUGGCGGCCGUGCGAGACAAGAUGCUGUGCCCGGCCGAGUCGCCGCUGACCCGCUCGCUCCUCAUGGAGGUGGUGGAGCUGCACGCGCACCGCUGGAGCCCCCUGGAGGCGCUCACGACGCAAUACUACGACCGCACCAUCCAAAAGCUCACCACCAUGGCCUAGCGCUUCUAAUCGGACCGGAACUUAUGAAUUUAAAGUGUGCAAUCCCAGGUAUACAGUAGGAGGCUGCAUGGUGAGGAUGAUGAUGUUUGGCCACUAGGGGCAGUGUUUCCCAUAUGGAUGCUGGGAUAAAGGUGAGGGCGGGGGGUCAUGUAGGGGGGAGAGGAUGGCAGCAGCUUGUCCGUUGGGAAUAGAGAGAUUUUAAAGAGUAGGAGGAGGGUAGGGGUUUCCGCGUCGGUCUCUUCAUUGUGUUCAUUUGUCCAACACCCCACCCCCCACCGCCAGCCGCAUGCCUGCUCCAGCCCUCAUGGCUGAUAAAAGACAGGAAAAAAAAGCUGGGAGGCAGGGAGCAGACACGGUGCUGUCUGUCUGCAUGUCUGGGCUGUCUGCCCUCCCUUCCACAUGGACCCGGGUCAGGAGGUCUCGUCGCGGGACUCCCACAUGGCUCCUCCCCCUGCCUUUGUCCCCCCCCCCCCCCCCCCCCCCCCUCCCUCCCUCCUUUUGCAGGAAGCCUUUUUGUGCGGAUGAGACAGCGGGCCUGCUGGGCCAGGCUGGGCUCAGGAUAAGGAUCAGGCUGGCUAGAGUAGGGUGGCAGAUGGCGGCUUGAGCCCUUGUGAGACACACACACACACUCACACCAUCCAGGCGUUCCGAUCCUCAUAGGAAAAGAGGAAAUUGGGGGAUCGGCAGCAUUAGAGAAUUAAAAAAAACACACACUGCUGUUAAAUCUUUUUGUUUUUGUCUCCCAAGCCGUGCAUGUGCUCUCCAGCAUCCUUUUCAUUUUUUUUAUUUAUAUACUGUGUUUUACAAUGUCAUUUAUCCGUCUCGUUCUUACAAAGGACCAUUGGGGCCACGCUGAAAAGACAAAAAAAAAGUCAAAUCACGAGAAAAAAAAUCAUCCAGUGACAAGAAGUAUGUCGUCGUCUUACGGGAAUAAAGUUAUAAUUUACGAGAAAAAAGAUUAACAUGCAGAGUCGUUUUUUGAAAACUAAUGUUAAUAUUACGAGAGUAAAAUAGAAAAGUUGUAGUGUUAUGAGAUCUAAGUCAUAAUUUUGUAAUACUGCGUUGUAAGUUGUAAUGUUAAUGUGAAGUCAUAAUUUAAAGCUGUAAAUAUUACAAGCAAAUGAAGUCGUAAUAACAAAGUCGUAAUAUUACGAGAAUUACAGUAGGUUAUGUUACGUAAGUAAAGACGUAAUUUACAAGAAAUUCCGAAUGUUACAACGAUAAAGCUGUAAAUAUCACACAGAAAAGUAGCAAUGUUACUCAAAUGAAGUCGUAAUGUAACAAAGAAAGUCCUAAUAUUAGGAGAAUAAAGUUAUAAUGUUAUGUGAAUGAAUAAAAAGUCGUAAAGAAAAUAAAGCUGUAAAUUUUACAAGGAAAAGUAGGAAUGUUGCGCAAAUGAAGCGGUUAUAUAACAAGAAUAAAGCUGUAAUGCUACACGAAUGCAGACGUAAUUUUACAACGAUAAAGCUGUAAAUAUCACACGGAAAAGUAGCAAUGUUACUCAAAUGAAGUCGUAAUGUAACAAAGAAAGUCCUAAUAUUAGGAGAAUAAAGUUAUAAUGUUAUGUGAAUGAAUAAAAAGUCGUAAAGAAAAUAAAGCUGUAAAUGUUACAAGGAAAAGUAGGAAUGAAGCAAAUGAAGCGGUUAUAUAACAAGAAUAAAGCUGUAAUGCUACACGAAUGCAGACGUAAUUUUACGGCGAAAAAGCUGUAAUACUACAAGGAAAAGUCUCAAUGUUAUGCAAAUCAAGUCGUGAUUUGAGAAGAAAAACGUCCUAUUGCAAGAAUCAAGUUGAAUGUUGUGUGAAUAAAGACAGAAUUUACGAGAAAACCUUUUACAGCCAAGCUGUAAUACCAUCAGCAAAAGUAAUAUUUUUGAGAAAGAAGUCGUAAUGCUAUGGGAAACGAGUGGCGGUGUUUCGAGAAAAUAAGUCACAAUGUUACGAGAGUAAAAUUGUAAUAUUAUGAAAAAAAUCAAGGAGGAAAAGUCAGAAUCUGUCUUUGAACUUCGUUAAAAGAAAAAAGUCAGAAGAUGGUGAAAACAUGGUUGGAAUAGCUGAAUAAACAUUGACGAGAAAAAGUCGGAGUCUUCCAAUGACUUGUUGUAAUAUUACAUGAAUAAUUGUAAUUGUAACCAUUGUAAUGCUAAAGUUCCAAUGUUACGAAAAUAAGGCAGAAUAUUAUGAGGAAAAAGUCAUCAUUUUACAACAAUAAAAUUGUAAUUUUAUGAUACCGGUGUAUGUAUAAUAUGAGGAAAAGUUGGAUAUUUUCGUGGAAGAAGCUGUGAGAAUAAAAUCACACAGUUGUGGCAGUUAAGUUGUAAUAUUACAAGAACAAAGUAGUAAUUUUUACAAGAAAAAAAACCCUCAAAAUUCUACAGAAGCUGCUAUUGCUCUAAAAAGCGGCCAUAUUUAAUCUAGUAAUACAGUAUCUAUUAUGACCUUAUUCUCGUAAUUCGAUGGCUAUUUUCGGAGCAUUUUUUUCAGUGUGGCCUUGAGACUUUGUACAUUGUCAAGCCUUGUUUUUAUGACUUUUAACAUGUACGUAUGACAUACAUGUAUGUUAUUAGCGCUAGGCCUUAUUGCACCCGUUUGAGUUGUUUGCACUGUUGUGAGGCAGUUUGCGUGAAACAAAACAAAAAAAGUGAAAGGAAAUUGUUGAUAAGCUACAAAAAAAUAGGGAAAAAAAAGGGGUUGGCAAAUCAAAUGUAGCUGACUUUUACCUGGGGCCGCCCUUUUGCCGUGGAUAUUUUGUGUGCAUUCAAUAUUGACACUAUUUGAUCGUUUUUAUUGUGUUUGAGGAAAAAAAUGGCAUCUAUUAACCUGUGUAUUUGAAUACGACAUAGCCAAAAAUAUAUCUGUCUAUAUAUAUAUAUAUAUAUAUAUAUAUAAUAUUAUACAGGGCUAACAUGCACUAUGAUUGGUCAUGUAGAAUCUGUGAAUGGGCUCUCUGUAAUCUGCAUUCAGUGUAUUUGAAUAUAAUUGAAGUGCUGGGAGGAAGCACAUGAGAUGUGAUCGGGGGAAAAACUGUAUCUUGUGCGUUUUGACCAGGAAUUAUUAGCUUGUUGCUUUCAUCAACAAUCCCAAACAGUGUUCCAAUUCAGCGGCUCCAUUUUAGCAUUAUUCAUUUUGCAUAUUGAUACAGACGAUUGAGGUUUGUGCUGCCAUAUUUAAACAUUUUUUUCCUCUUUUAAGGAUAAGGAAAGUGGCGAUGCAUCCUACAAAAAUGGCAAAAGAAGGCUGCAUUUGAAGAAGUUUUCAAAUUAGAUGCGUUUUUUAAAAAAUCUAUUUACUUUAUAUUACUUUUACAUUUUGCCGUCUCAUUCUUUCCCAGAACUGUUCAGGGCUCCAAAGUCGAAAUCAUACAAAAAUGAAGUUCUAAUUAAUGAGCGGAAAAAAAACUCCCAAUGCGAGAAGUCAUUACUAAGAAGAGCAAGAAAAACGUUGUGAUAUUACAAAGUGGUGUUGCUUUGAAAAGUGUCGUAAUUUGAAGUGAAAACAAUGUUUUAUUACUAUGUUGCAUUGUUAUGAGAGUUAUAUCACAAGAACAUAGUCAGAAUAUUGUAAGAAUAAAUGUGUCAUGUUACGGCAAAAAUUGAAUGUUCUGGGAGUAAAGUCGUAAUUUUAGACUAAUAAAGUUGUAAUGUUACCUGAAUCAAGAUGUAACUUACGCUAAAAAGUCAAAAUGUUACAAUUGUAAAAUUGUGACGUGGGAACAAGAAUAACCGCAGUCAGAAAAAAAAGAUAUUACUUGGAUAAAGUCGUGUUUGUUCGACAACAAGCCUAGUACUGUUACGUCUCAUUAUUACGAGAAAAAAGACGGAAUAUUAUGGGCGUCAAGUUGGAAUGUUACAUGAAGACCAGAUGAGGUAAUUUACAAGAAAAAGUCCUAAUCCAACAGUAAGCUUGUAAUAUUACGAGAAAGUUGUUGGGGUUUUUUUGUAAUGCUAUUGUUGUACAAGUUGGAAUAUUACCGGAAAAAAGUCUUAUUCCAAAAAUGUUACGUGACAACAGGCUAAGUGUAACAAUGCCAUAUUUGAUUAUUUUUUCUUAUCUGAGGAUAAGGGAGGCAGAGAAGCAUGGUAGCGAUGCAUCCUACCAACAAACGUGAAAAGGCCACAUUUGAAGGAAUUUUUUGCUUUAGAACUUUGCUUUACGAUGCAGCCCCUGAAUUGGCACUGCUUCACACACGCAGGAGUGUAACGCUACAAAGACAUCGUAAUUCUGUAGUAGUUUAAGCUCACAAAAGAACUUUUUUACAUUGUUCUUAGUGCCUUAAAGUUAAUUGAACAGAGGAGCCAAAUUGUAUCCAGCUUGUAGGACUUAUAGUAGCCACUUAGCAUUAGCCUAGCCUAGCCUAGCAUGUUGCUAACUUGCUAUUGUCAAGUAUCCUUACACUCCUGGUGUAUGCUUACACCACCUUUGUUUGUAUUAUUUUUCUUUGUCUUGCAUCAAGAAUUUUGGUCGUGUGUGGUAGAAACACAACAAGGGAGGUGAGGAUGUCUUUUAUUUUGAUUUUUAGGUUUGUAUUUAAGUUAAGCUCAUAACAAAUGUUUAAUUGUGCUUCAAGACUUCUGAAACAGUUGUGAUACCUAGCUUGCGGGUAAGUGUGGUAUUACUGUGUUUUAGUCAAUGACAUUUAAACACACACGGAGGACGCUUUUUGUUAUGCAAAAAGCGCAUGUACCAGAUUGGGGGCAGGCAGGGAUGGGGAUGCCCACCACCCCCCACCUCAGGCCUCCCACCCGGCGUGCCCUCAGACCCCUCUUCUCGGGGGUCGCAUGACGUAUGAAUAGAACGCACCCCCAUCUUUGCAUAUUGUCAUGAAUAUUAAACUGAAUAUCGGGGGAUGUGGGCGAGUGGAAAAUAAAAAAAAAAACAGGGGGAAAAGAUGUGAUGGAAGAAAUGUGUGUUUUGUUUUGUUUUACGGUGCGCGGUGUGACAAAAGAAAGACGCUCACAUUGUUCCCUCGGUCAUUAGUGAGUAAAGAGCGUGACAAUUGCGGCACCGCAGUAGGUCGUUAUGCUAACAAUGCCAGCCUCAUUUGCAUGCCGGCCGUUAUAUUGCGCUCAUUAUGCACACAAUACUUCCGAGAUGUACUUCAGCGUGUGCCCCCGCUCGACAGGAUUGGGGGCGCCCCCAGCACUGCCGCCCCUUGGACUUCGUAAACGUCAACACACCCAAUUUCAUUUUGUUUAAGGACUCGAUACGUAAAAGACAGUGAUGAUAGCUAUGGCAACAAGUGGAGGAUUUACAGUCUUUUGCCUCAAGUCUGCUGGAGUAGGCUCCAAUUUUCUGCGACCAUCAACAGAAUAAGCGGCAUAGAAAAUGAGUGUUUGGCUUUGUGCAUGAAUCUGUUUCGAUUCACCGGUGCCUAGUCCAAGGUGUGAUAGGCUCCAUUACUAACAGGAUCAGCAUAAGUGAAAAUGAAGGAAAGAUGAUUGUCUCUGUGUCCUGUGUAGUCAGAUUUUCACUGAAAAUUAGC